AUGUCGAACCCCAGCGUAAUCAUCUUUGGCGCCACUGGCAGCAUUGGCUCUAUAGCUGCUCGAGUGGCCAAUGAGCAAGGAGCCAAAGUCUUUCUUGCCUUACGAGAUGUCAACAAACCCAUCCCCGGACUCAGCCCAGAUCAAGAGCGAGAGCGCGGAUUCGAAAGACUACAAGCCGACCUCACGGACGUAGAGAGCAUCAAGGCUGCUGUGACCAAAUCAGGAGCCAAACACGCCUUUAUCUAUCUCAUGUUUGGGGUUACAGACGGCAUGCGCUCAGUUAUCGAGACCCUGAAAUCUACCGGAAUCGAGUUUGUCGUCUUCCUCAGCAGCUCGAGCGUUACAAGCCAAAGCGUCGCCAAAGGAGGCGACCUCAAGGCCGUGCCGCCGUCCGACUUCAUCGCCUUUUCCCACGCCCAGGUCGAGAUUAACCUCCAAAACACAUUUGGAAAAGGCGGCUACGUGGCUGUGCGGCCUUCCUAUUUCGCGUCCAACACAUUGCAAUGGCGCUCCAUGGUCCGCGCUGGUGAGGUGAAGCUGGUGGCACCAAACGUGUCGUUCGACUACAUCGCGUCGUCCGACAUCAGCCGCGUAUGUGCGGGAUUCCUCGUUCGUGGCGCAAAGUCUCCUGAUGGUUCGCCCAGCCCGUCGUUUGUGACGCUGUGUGGACCGCAAAUGCUGUCUCAGAGAGACGCUCUGGCUGCUAUCGGCAAAGCCAUCGGCAAGGAGCUCGCACUCAAGGCCGUAAAUGAAGAGGAUGAGGGUGUCGAGGUGUUCAAGGCCAAUGGGAUUCCGGAAACUAUUGCCAGAGACCUUGUGAAGAAGUUGCUUUCUCGAACGAGUGGCGAGGAUCGUCUCUAUGCGGAUGAUCUGUACGCAGAAGCAGUUGCUAAUGUGCAAAAGUACGGCGGGCAGUCUCCCACGGGCUUUGCUCAAUGGGCUAGUGAGAACAAAGAGCAAUUUCUGUAA